AUGGCGCUUAGCACCCUGCUCACAGCGGCGGCAAUGCCCGUCGCUGGCCUCUUCGCCCUCGCACAGCAAUCUUCUUCUUUCUUCGAUCAGAUCCCCGUGCUGGGCUCGAUGCUCAAUGCAGGUGGCGUUGGCACCUACGAUGCACAGGCAGCACAGCAUGAUGGCCGUAUUCAGGCUCGUGAUCUGCUCAGCUCACAUUUCGGCCCCAUUGGCUGGCCUCAUCAGUCAUUUGACUAUGUCAUUGUUGGUGGAGGCACAGCUGGUCUGGCAAUGGCCAAGAGGCUGUCGGAAGAGGAGGGCAACUCGGUUGCUCUCAUUGAGGCCGGUGGCUUCUACGAGAUGGAUGCUGGUAAUGCGACUGAGGUGCCCAUGUACCUCUUCAACUACUUUUUCGACAAUGGAUACAUGAAGAACCCACUUUUCGACUGGUACCAGUACACCGAGCCACAAGAGGGUCUCCACAACCGUGAGAUGUUCUACAUGCAAGGCAAGACGCUCGGAGGCAGCACUGCUCGCGGUGCCAUGCUUUACCACCGUGGCUCAAAGGGUGCCUACCAGAAGUGGGCAGUCCAAAUUGGCGACGACUCUUACAGCUGGGACAAGUGGCUGCCACACUUCCAGCGCGGUAUCAAGUUCUCUGGCCCCAACACCAACCCUCGUCCGGCCAACGCCACAGCUGUCAACGACGAGAAGGCAUGGUCUGCAACUGGUGGUCCAGUCCAUGUUGCAUACCCAUACCUCACCAACGCCAUCUCUUCGUGGGUUGACAAGGCUCUUGAUGCAUUUGGCUUCACCAACGUCGAGGGCUUCUCGAACGGUGUCCUGCUUGGCAAGUCGUACAUCACCCACACCAUCAACCCAUUCACUCGUCGCCGUGAGACUGCUUCAUCCUCCUACCUCCGCGAGGCACUGGUCGAGAGCAACAACCUCAACAUCUACAUCCGCACCCUCGCCAAGAAGGUCCUCUUCGACGAGAACAAGAAGGCCAACGCCGUCGAAGUCCAGACCGACGGCUUCAAGUGGAAGAUCGAGGCCAAGAAGGAAGUCAUCCUGUCCGCCGGUGUGAUGCGCUCUCCUCAACUCCUCAUGGUCAGCGGUAUCGGUCCCAAGGAAACCCUCGAGAAGCUCGACAUCCCAGUCCUCUCAGACCGCCCAGGCGUCGGCCAAAAUCUCCAGGACACAAUCAUCCUCGGACCCACCAACCCCAUCCGCGUCGAAUCCCACUCCCAGCUCCUCGGUGGAAAGGACACCCUCCCCCGUUCCAUCGACGACUACAACAACCACCGCACCGGCCUCCUCACCAACCCCGGCCAAGACUUCUUCGCCUUCGAAAAGCACGCCAAGGAAGGACCCGGCUCGCUCUCCAAGAAGACUGCAGCGGACAUCGACGCGAACUUCCCAGCCGACUGGCCCACUUACUCUUUCAUCGCCCUCGACGACACCUUCGUCCCACAGUUCAACGGCAAGAAUUACUUCUCCAUGUCCGCCGCUCUCAUGACGACGUUCUCCCGCGGCUACGUCAGUAUCAAUAGCACCGAUACCCUCGACAACCCCAUCGUCGACCCCAAGUGGCUCUCCGAUCCUCGCGACCAGGAAAUGGCCGUCGCGGCGUUCCGUCGUUGCAGACAAUUCACACAGCACGAAGUCCUGCAAGACGUCAUCGACGGCGAGGAACUCCUGCCAGGCAAGAAGUACCAAACUGACGAGGAAGUGCUUGGCUACAUCGCCGAGACUAGUGAUGCAUACUACGCCGGUGUGGGUACUGCGGCCAUGGGAAAGAAAUAUGACCCCAAAGCGGUCUUGGACUCGAAGGCGAGAGUGUUGGGUGUUGAGGGAUUGAGAGUUGUGGAUGCGUCCUCGUUCCCGUUCGCGAUUGAUGGACAGCCUAUGGGCACUGUGUAUGCGCUGGCUGAGAAGAUUGCUGCGGAUAUUCUUGCGGGUAACUAG